AUGCCGGUACCCACACCCGAACAAAAAGAAGAAAUUUACGAAGCAAUUUCCAAAUAUCCAACAGAUUUAUCAAGUUUGAGCAUUACUGAUGUGAGCGCGUUAUUGAAUUACUUAGGAAUGCGAAAUUAUGUUGAAACAUUUGAAGCAGAGUUGAUAGACGGUGCUAUGUUGGCCAGCAUGGACAAAGAGAGUUUGGAAUCAUUGAAUUUAAUUCCAUUCCAUGUUACAAAAUUAAUGAAGUUUAUUGGAGGUUGGCGACCGAAUUCCAAAAUACGAUUAAAAAAAUGA